UCCAUUGUAACUGGCCAUGUAACCAUGCUCACAUGGUAGAUUUUCCUUCCUGCCCCUGCGUGGCUGCUGAUCUAUUCUCGGGACCCACAUGAAGACAAAUCGCUGCUCUUUAUUCGAACCCUUUCUGCAGUAAAUGGAUACAAUCUUUCCUGUCGCUGGAUUAAGUUACAUGUACAAAAUGAACGAAAUAUGAUGGCAUUUGGAGAUAUUUUGUCUUCUUUGCAGGAACUACUGGCUUUCGAUUUGCCGUACAAAGUAAGGGUUGUGAUUGGAAUUGCAGCAGUCUUGGUAAUUUUGUUAAGGUGACUGUAAAGUCAUGCGGUCCUCAUCAUCCCGAUUAUCGAGUUUUUCAUCAAAAGAUUCUCUAUGGAACCGGAUGCCGGAUCAGAUUUCGGUGUCCGAGUUUCUCUCGGAGACUACGGAGGAUUAUAAUUCCCCGACCACGUCCAGCUUUACCACCCGCCUGCAGAGCUGCCGGAAUACCGUCAACGUGCUGGAAGAGGCUUUAGAUCAAGACCGGACAGCAUUACAGAAAGUGAAGAAAUCUGUUAAAGCAAUAUACAAUUCAGGUCAAGAACAUGUUCAAAAUGAAGAGAACUAUGCACAAGCCCUGGACAAAUUUGGAAGCAAUUUCAUAAGCCGUGAUAACCCUGAUCUUGGGACAGCUUUCGUGAAAUUUUCCACUCUUACAAAAGAGCUGUCAGCUCUGUUGAAAAACCUGCUCCAGAGCCUGAGCCACAAUGUAAUCUUCACCCUGGAUUCCCUGCUGAAAGGAGAUCUGAAAGGAGUCAAAGGGGAUAUAAAGAAGCCAUUCGACAAGGCAUGGAAAGACUAUGAAGCCAAGUUUACAAAAAUUGAAAAGGAGAAACGGGAGCACGCCAAGCAGCAUGGAAUGAUAAGGACAGAGAUCACGGGGGCAGAGAUCGCUGAGGAGAUGGAGAAAGAGAGGCGUCUCUUUCAGCUGCAGAUGUGUGAGUAUCUGAUAAAAGUGAAUGAAAUCAAGACAAAGAAGGGAGUGGAUCUUCUUCAAAACCUAAUCAAGUAUUACCAUGCGCAAUGCAACUUUUUCCAAGAUGGCUUGAAAACUGCAGACAAAUUGAAACAGUACAUAGAAAAGCUUGCUGCUGAUCUGUACAAUAUAAAGCAAACACAAGAUGAAGAAAAGAAGCAGCUGACGGCUCUCCGAGACUUGAUUAAGUCCUCUCUGCAGCUGGACCAGAAGGAGUCCAGGAGAGACUCUCAAAGCAAACAGGGAGGAUACAGUAUGCACCAACUUCAGGGCAAUAAGGAGUUUGGCAGUGAGAAGAAAGGAUAUCUUUUAAAAAAAAGUGAUGGGUUGAGAAAGGUUUGGCAGAGAAGAAAAUGCUCUGUGAAGAACGGUAUUCUGACAAUUUCACAUGCAACAUCCAAUAGGCAGCCUGUCAAAUUGAAUCUACUCACCUGUCAAGUUAAGCCGAGUGGAGAAGACAAAAAAUGUUUUGAUCUUAUAUCUCAUAACCGAACAUAUCACUUCCAGGCAGAGGACGAACAAGAAUUUGUAAUCUGGAUAUCAGUGUUAACCAACAGUAAGGAAGAGGCUUUGAACAUGGCAUUUCGUGGGGAGCAGAGCACAGGGGAGAACAGUUUGGAGGAUCUCACCAAAGCCAUCAUUGAUGACGUGCUACGAAUGCCUGGCAAUGAGAUCUGCUGUGACUGCGGAGCACCAGAUCCCAAAUGGCUCUCCACUAACCUAGGCAUUCUGACGUGUAUUGAGUGCUCGGGGAUACAUAGGGAAAUGGGGGUGCAUAUUUCAAGAAUCCAGUCUAUGGAGCUAGAUAAAUUAGGGACUUCUGAACUCUUGCUGGCCAAGAAUGUAGGAAACAGUAGUUUUAAUGACAUUAUGGAAGGAAACCUUCCUUUUCCUUCACCGAAGCCCACACCAUCAAGCGACAUGACAGCGCGCAAAGAGUUUAUCAACGCUAAAUACGUAGACCACAAGUUUGCUCGGAAGACCUGCACUUCAGCGGCCGCCAAGAUGAGCGAGCUGUUUGAAGCUGUGAAAUCCAGGGAUCUACUUGCACUAAUUCAAGUCUAUGCAGAGGGGGUGGAGCUCAUGGAACCACUGCCAGAGACUGGCCAGGAGCCAGGAGAGACAGCACUUCACUUCUCAGUACGGACUGCAGACCAGACCUCACUGCAUCUGGUCGAUUUUCUUGUUCAGAACAGUGGCAACCUGGAUAAGCAGACUGAAAAGGGAAACACAGCACUACAUUACUGCUGUGUGUACGAGAAACACGAAUGCCUCAAGCUCCUCCUGAGAGGAAAGCCGUCUACUGAUAUAACAAACCAGAAUGGGGAGACGGCACUGGACAUUGCCAGGAGACUGAGGAAUUCACAGUGUGAAGAGGCACUAGUCCAGGCUGCGGCUGGCAAGUUUAACCCUCACGUUCACGUGGAGUAUGAGUGGAACCUGAGGCUGGAGGAGAUCGAUGAAAGCGACGACGACUUGGAUGACAAGCCCAGCCCGAUAAAGAAGGAGCGCUCCCCCAGGCCGCAGAGCUUCUGCCACUCUUCCAGCCUCUCUCCCCAGGACAAGCUGGCCCUUCCGGGCUUUGGCAGCCAGCGUGACAAGCAGCGCUUGUCCUACGGCGCCUUCACCAAUCAGAUAUACAGCGCCAGCACCGACUCCCCCACUUCGCCUGGCAUCGAUGCUCCUCCUCUUCCUCCCAGAAACGCAGGCAAAGCUCCUUCUGGCCCUCCUUCCACCCUCCCUCUCGGCUCACAGCCCCCCAGUGGCAGCUCCACCCUGUGUAAGAAGAGACCGCCGCCCCCUCCCCCCGGACACAAACGCACCCUCUCUGACCCGCCAAGCCCUCUACCUCACGGCCCACAGAAUAAAGGUGGGAUUCCUUGGGGAAAUGACUCCACUCCACCUUCAGUAAACAAAGCGUCUUCUGGGAACAAGUUUGAAGGUAUUCUUCAGCAACAAAGCACUAGCACUACAAAAUCCACACUUGGCCCGAGAGUUCUUCCCAAACUACCUCAGAAAGUGGCAUUAAGAAAAAUCGACACCAUCCAUCACCCUUCCAUAGAUAAGUCCAACCAGCAGCCCGAUGUGUUUCAGAAGUCUCCCCAGGCUGCAGAGAUCCCUCCGAAAGUUCCCUUGCCAGAGAAGCCGCAGCCAGGGGACCUGCCCCCCAAGCCGCAAGUUGGGGAUCUGCCGCCCAAACCAGGAGAACUGCCUCCCAAACCCCAGCUCUCUGACCUGCCCCCCAAACCGCUGCUCGGAGACCUCCCUCCGAAGCCUCAGGUCAAGGACCUUCCUCCCAAACCUCAGCUGUCAGAGGUACCCCCUAAACCCCCAGGUACAGACACCCCUCAGAAGUCCCUCCCUGGAGAAUCGGCACCCAGACCACCGCCUUCUGACAGCCCUGGAUCCAACCAGCUGGGCGAGGCCGCUCCCAGACAGCUCUCGGAGGACACCAAUGGCACACCACCCGCCGUGAUGGAGAUGCCAGUUCCUCUGCCCAGGAAAAUCAACACGGGCAAGAACAAAGCAAGGCGGGUCAAGACUAUCUAUGACUGCCAGGCCGACAAUGAUGAUGAGCUGACGUUCGUGGAGGGAGAGGUGAUUAUUGUUACUGGAGAGGAGGACCAAGAGUGGUGGAUCGGGCACAUUGAAGGGCAGCCUGAGAGAAAGGGCGUGUUCCCCAUGUCUUUUGUUCACAUCCUUUCUGAUUAGCGACCAGCUGGACCUGCACAGGGCACAUCAUUCAUGCACCGCACUAUGCUUCCUUCCUGCAAAGAGUAAGACUGCUGCCACCCCACAGCCCUGGGCACCUCAUUGUGUAUAUAGCAGCUGUUAAAAUAAUAAAAGAGAACGAGAAACACAAAAGAUAAAAUAAAUCAUGUAGGUUCACCUUAUGAGGUGUAAAGUACAUAGAUAUUGUAAAUAUACUGUGUUAUCCUGCCUUUGCCAGUAUUAUCAUAGCCUUGGAACCUGGCCUUACUGGGUUUGCUGUAGCCAUCCUUGGAAUCUAGCACUUACGUAACAUCUCUGUCUUUGCUGUUCAGCUGUAUGUAUGUACAUACAUAUACAUAUAUAUGCAUAUACACUCAUACAAAAAAUGCCCUGCCUGCGCUUACAAAGCUUGGGCAGUCUUGUUCAAAGUUCUAACCCGUAUAAGCUUGACUGUCUUAACGUUAAGAUCAUCUCUGUGUUUCUCAGUAACAUUGCAAGAUCAGGAAAAACAGACGCAUAAAGGAAUAAAUUAGUCUUUAAGUCUUCACUUCUCUCUUAAAAAAGAGAGUGCAGGACUGAAAAAUGUGGUAAGAUGGUUGUGUAACUUCCACAGAGCUUACCAAGAAUGCACGUCAAAGGAUGAAAUAUAUAUUCAUUAAAUGUAUUCCUAAUCCUCGCUUGCAUAAUAUUUUUGUUAAUGAAUGUGCUUCGUAUACACUGUCACAAAUGUCCAGACAAUAUCAGCAUUAGCGACAGCUGUCAGACUACUUGAAGUCGUUCCAUCUUUAGACAGUCCAGAAGAUGGCAAUUUUGUUUUAUAUUUUUCACCUACUGUCCUAAGCUGGUUGCACUAAAAAUCCUUCAAAUUUGCAUGGAUUUCUUAAAAACUUUGUAUAUUCUGUCUCUUUCAUGACUUGUCCGACUCUGAUUAGAAACUGGAACGUUCCUUUGGUGAAGUGGCUCUGGUAUAUGUUCCUCUCUAGUUUCAUGAUACAAGUUGUAUUGUGAUCCAAACUAAAUGAUGCAUCUCACACCUGAACAUCUUGCGAAAUUUCCUGUCAUUCGCAAGUGAGGGCAUUUCCAUUUUGUUCUGGAGGUGCACUCUGUGUAACGGUAUCCCUCUGGUGUCUGGACACCUGUCUGGAGCUAUCUGGCAGGAUAGCGUAUACAUGCACAUAUACAGUAUCUAGGUAUUACAGUGUCCUAGCAUGUGGUCUUCUCUGGAAGGUAUGAGGACAUUAUUAAACUUUUGUGAUAUAUUGGAUUGUGAAAUAUGUUUUUAGAAGCUCAGCAGUGGCUGGCGAAGGUAUUAAUAGAAUCAUGCUGUACC